UUACAUAUACUGGGAUUUUGGUAUGGAUGAGAAUCAGGCCAGCUCAAGUUCACUCCCUCCUUUCAUUGCAAAGACAUAUGAGAUGGUGGAUGAUCCUUCUACGGAUUCUAUCGUGUCGUGGAGUGCAAGUGAGAGAAGUUUCAUUGUAUGGAAUCCGCUCGAGUUUGCAAGGGAUUUACUUCCCAGAUUCUUCAAGCACAAUAACUUUUCUAGCUUUAUCAGACAGCUUAAUACAUAUGGUUUCAGGAAAACUGAUCCCGAGCAGUGGGAAUUUGCAAACGAGGAUUUUAUAAGAGCUCGGCCCCAUCUUCUGAAAAACAUACACAGACGCAAACCGGUUCAUAGCCAUUCCAUGCAGAAUCAUGUAGGUCAAGGAGCUUCGUUAGCAGAUGCAGAGAGACAGAAUCUAAGGGACGGGAUUGAGAGACUUAAGAAUGAAAAAGAGUCACUUGCGUUAGAGUUACAGAGGCAUGAACAGGCGCGACAACAAUUUCAGAUGAAAAUGCAGCUUUUGAGGGAUCGUUUACAAAGUAUGGAACAGCGGCAGCAAAUAAUGAUGUCUUCUGUGGCUCGAGUCUUGCAGAGACCAGGACUUGCCAUAAACCAGACAUCACAAUUGGAGACUAAUGACAGAAAGAGAAGGUUGCCAAGAAUUGCUUACUUCUACGAUGAAGCUGGGAUGGAAGAUACUCAGACAGGCACAUCUUUGUCCAACAUGGAGCCAUUUGGACAGUUAGAGUCAUCAAUGGUGUUUUGGGAGAACGUGGUACGGGAUUUUGGUCAAACUAACGUUCAACGUAAUUCAAACCUUGAUCUGGAUGAAUCAACUAGUUGUGAAGAAACUCCAUCAAUAUCUUGCACACAGGUUAGUGUCGAUGCUCGACCUAAAUCCCCUGGGAUCGACAUGAACUCUGAGCCUGUCCCUGUUGUUACUUCUGAGCCUAUUACAGCAAAGGAACAAGCUGCAGUAACUACCGAGCCUGCAAAAGCUGGGGUUAAUGAUGUAUUUUGGGAACAAUUUUUGACUGAAAAUCUAGGUUGGACUGAUACUCAGGAAGUUCAGUCAGAAAGAAAAGAUGCCGAUGCUAGAAAGAAUGAAAGCAACCCUAGUGAUCACAGCAGAUUUUGGUGGAAUAUGAAGAAUGUAAAUAACCUUGCAGAACAGAUGGGGCAUCUGACUCCUGCAGAGAGAACUUGAUAUUGGUUGAUUAUUUUCAUAGAUGUAUAAAUCUAGGU